AUGACUGAUCUGAGAGCAAUGUUCACUCGCCUUAGCUUAUUUGAUAAUGGUAGUUUAUUGGUCGAGCUCCAAGUUAAACCUGUGUGGAUUGAACAAAUUAAGAGUACACAGUUGGAAGAUGUGUCAUUGGAUCUUCUGUUCCGGGAGAUUAAGAAUAGUAAUACAGUGGAUUUUGGACGAAAUAGUGAAGGGGUACUCUGUUCCAGAGGUAGAAUUUGUGUGCCUAAGGAUACUAAUUUGAGGCAAACUUUACUGCGAGAGGCGCAUAAUAGUCCCUAUGUUAUGCACCCAGGUGGAAAUAAGAUGUACAGGGAUCUCCGUGAGCUGCUUAAGAUUCCGAUGUGGAAGUGGGAAAGAGUAAUUAUGGAUUUUGUGAAUGGGUUACACCUAACGCCUUCUAAGAAAGAUUCAGUGUGGGUUAUAGUGGAUCAAUUGACCAAAACUACUCAUUUCAUACCGGUUCUCAUAGAUUAUUCAUUACAGAAACUGGCUAAGUUGUAUGUAUCUGAGAUAUACUAUGUUUCAUCCUCUGAGGGAUGGACAGUCAGAGAGGGUAAUUCGUCGUGUUGGACUGAGUUGGGUGAGCAGCGUGUUCUGGGUCUUGAGCUAGUAUCUGAUACCAAGGAUAAGAUCUCACCAUCGAAAAAGGUACUGAGAUUUGGGCAUAAAGGCAAAUUGAGCCCAAGUUUCGUUGGGCCUUAUCGUAUUUUGAGACGAGUGGAACCGGUUGCCUACCAGUCAGAGUUACCUCCGGAAUUAGAGUAG